CAUCUGACCUUCACCCCUUGGCUGAGCAUUGCAUACAGCUCAUGGCAACUCCCUCUACCACUCCCCCUUUCUCCUAGGCUCCCUUCCCCAGGAAUUUCAUCACAUCCUAGAACAGCCAGAACAUUUGUGGUCUAUUUCUCUCAGUUAGUGUUUAACCAGACAUCUGUUUUAAGGCAUGGGCUGAACCGAUGGAAGGAAGAUUGAUAGCCUGAAACUCAGAAAGACAAUUUCUACAGGGUAACUCCUUAUUUUCUAAAGGAGAGGGAAAGAGGACAGGAGGCCAGUGGCACAGAACGAAGACACAAUGGGAUCUGGCUUCACCUCCAAGGACACUUAUCUAAGCCAUUUUAAUCCUAGAGAUUACCUAGAAAAAUAUUACAACUUUGGGUCCAGACAUUCUGCAGAAAGCCAAAUUCUCAGGCAUCUUCUGAAAAAUCUUUUCAAGAUCUUCUGCCUAGAUGGUGUGAAGGGAGACCUCCUGAUUGACAUCGGCUCGGGCCCCACCAUCUAUCAGCUCCUCUCUGCUUGUGAAUCCUUCAAGGAGAUCAUCGUCACUGACUACACGGACCAGAAUCUGCAGGAGCUGCAGAAGUGGCUGAAGAAGGAGCCAGAGGCUUUCGACUGGUCCCCAGUGGUGACCUACGUGUGUGAUCUUGAAGGGAACAGAGUCCAGGGGGCCGAGAAAGAGGAGAAGUUGCGGCGCACCGUGACGCAGGUGCUCAAGUGCGAUGUGACGCAGAGCCAGCCGCUGGGCAGCGCGCCCCCGCGGGCGGCCGACUGCCUGCUCAGCACGCUGUGCCUGGACGCGGCCUGCGCGGACCUGCCCGCCUACCGCGCCGCGCUGCGCAACCUCAGCAGCCUGCUCAAGCCCGGCGGCUUCCUGGUGGUGGCGGACGCGCUGCAGAGCAGCUACUACACCAUCGGCCAGCAGCGCUUCUCCAGCCUGCCCCUGGGCCGCGAGGCGGUGGAGGCCGCGGUCAGCGAGGCCGGCUUCUCCAUCGAGCAGUUCCAGGUGGUGGCUCAGAGCUACUCUUCCGCCACAGCCGACAACGAAGGACUUUUCUUCUUGGUGGGGCGGAAGCUGAGCAGAUCUGUGUGACGCCUGUGAUCUCCAUUAAAGCCAUUCCUCGGGCCUG